AUGAAUGCUAAUGAGAGCGAAACUGGUGGAAGUAUUCGGGAUUUGAUUCUUACUUUAGAACAAGCUCGAGGAGUAAGUGACAUAAGCACAUCAACUGAAUCAUCUUUAUCGACUGGUGAUGGAUUGUUUUCUGAUCACUGUAGCAGUAGUAUGUCAAUAUUCUCAAGCGAAGAUGAUGAUAAUGAUGAUAGCGGUAAUGAGAAUUACGUUAAUGAUACGGACGAUAGGAAACCAAUACUGUCAACAUCCAGGAACUAUCUGCAAGAGUGGACGCCUCAAUACAGCUCAUCGUUGUCCAUAUUUGCGACAUUAUUAUCCGGAAAUUUUUUGUCCGAAAAUGAAAUAACAGAAAUAUUCUCACGGUAUGGAAAUAUAAAAGAAGUAAAAUGGAUUCAAAUAAGCGACAAUAAUGGCUAUAUCAUUGUAUUCACUAAUGAAAUUGAAAAAGAGAAUGCUAUUAUGAGGCUGCUAGCUACAUUUACGCACUGGUUAAAAAACAGUCUUGGAGAAAGAGUGAUGAAAAAUAAGGAUGAUAAUGAUUCAUAUAUUACUGGUGACACAAAGCUAUUCGAAUUCACAAAUUCUAACAAUGAUAUGAGCAAGCGUUACCAUAUUUCUUUCCAUCCAAAUGCUUCAACGAUGACCCUCAACGACAAUGUGCCAUCCCCGGAACGACCGGGUACCAGGCCAUCACCGGCCACUGCCUUUUUCUUGAAACAAAUUUCUGAAGCUAAUAAUAUGUCUGAGACGGGUCACUUUUAUGAGAGGAUACCACGUGAUAAUGGAAAUGAGAAGAAUCGUUUCCUAAAUCUACCAGCACCAUAUCAUCUCUUACCUAAUACACCUUAUUUUCGUCGUGCUCCAAUUGUGCCUCCACCGACAAGGAGUUUAUCCACAACAGAGCAAAUUCCCAUCCAACAACGUAUUAUUAAUCGCUAUCUGGCAAGUAUGAAAAUGGACGAUGAAAAUGGUUUUGCAGCAAUAGCACAGUAUGAACGAGAAUGCUAUGAACAUUUAUAUAUGUCAUCAUAUUAUCCUUUGGUAGCAAUACCGAAACAGCAACAAGAAAGAAGAUUCCGAAAAGAUGCAGAAAGAGUAGGAAGUGGAUUUGAUGCUAAAUCAGGAUUUGACACGGAUGCGAUUGCUGACCAAACAAAGUUAUGUAGCAAUAUAGAUUCAGGUCACUGGUCUGAUCGCAUAAGCAUUGUUCAAUGUCGUGGAAGCGCUGUGACUGUUCCGUCAAGAAAUUUAGCUAAGCUUACAGCAGAAGUAUUAGAUCAAGGAACGGGCAGUCGAGUUAGAACUAAUAUGGAAAUUGAUAGUAGUUUGGCAGGCUUUGAACUUAUUCCUUUAAGACCGGGAUAUUAUCGUGAUUCUUCAAAUAUAUCAAUAUUGAUAAAAUCGAUGAAUGGACCUUUGAUGAGAACGGACGAAGUGGAAAUUAACGUUCGAUGUAUUUCCACAGAUAGAAAGCAAACUGUUAGCUUGAAAAGCUAUAAGGGAAGAAUUGGAUUUCUUCUAUCAAUACCAUUUUCAUCCACUUUAUAUGAACACACCUGUCGAGUAAUGUUUAUGCAGGGUCGCCGUAAAAUUGGUGAACGAUUCUCGCGUCCCGUCAUUUUGGUGCUACCAUCUGUGGAUCAUUUAGAAUGGAUACUACAUGGUUGGAUCCAAUGGUCACCUCCCAAUAAUGCAACAUAUCGAGUUGGAGAAAAAUUUCGAACUUCAGUGCCAUUGAAUUUGGCAUUAAAAUUGAAUUAUUUGGUUGUGUGCCAGGAUGAAACGAUUACAGAAGCUGGUCGUGUUCGUGAUGAUGGUGAAAUAAUAUUUGAAAUAACAGACUUCAUGGUACCAUAUUGCACACUGUACGUAUUUAGCGCAAAUGGAACGAUACAAAUAGAUAUGAUUCUCUUCUUUGUUGAACUAUCUUGCAAGAAUUCAUUAAUGGUUUCCAAAACACUAAUUGGAGUAAGUGAUAAUUUGACGGUAACAAUAAAUGGUGGUUCCAAUAGUCUCGUCUUAUUAUCAGCGAUCGACAUACGAAUGGUUGAACUUAUGCAGAAAUAUUCAUCACAUCCAACAUCCAAAUAUUGGGAUUUAUCAGUGACCGAGCGCUCUUUACGAACACUAUUUCUUGGCCUCGUUGACUCCAAAAAUCUGAAUAACGAAAUUGGUGGAAUAUGUGAAGAAGCUGGUGUCCUCAUGUUACAGCACUUGAAACAUUGUCCAAAUUUUAUGGAAUCGUCAUCAGCCAUUUCAAAUCUUUGCUUGCGUUCCUUCAUUUUGGGGUGUGAACGCCUAACAGGCCUAACAACUACAAGUAAGGUGUGCGAUCGGAAAACUGGACAUGGCUGUGGUGUUGAUAGAAAUGGUGGUGCAGUGAAAUUAGCUUCUGCACGAAUGCAUUUGAUAAACAUAAAUUUCCUGAAACGUAAUCAAACAUCACUUGACGAUACCGCUCCUACUUUAUUCCGAAGGGAAGCUGACUUGAUUACUGUAGUUCGACAGUAUUUUCCCGAAGUUUGGCUUUUCGAAGACUACAAUCUUGGGGCCUCGGGUAAACUGAAUCUAACAGUUCAAGUGCCAGACACGGUAACUCAGUGGUCUGUCCAGUCUUCAGCAUGGACACCAGGUGAUCUUGCAGUUUGUCGCAGUGCUCCAUCCAUUAUAACUACUCAGCAAAAACUGUUCAUGACAGUCGAUCUUCCACAACAUGUUUAUAUCAAUGAAUCCGUUACUGCACGAGUUUCAGUUUUUGCUGAACAAAUAGAAGAGAAUAUGACGCUUUCAAUAUGUAUGACAAAAUUGGAUCGACAUGUAUGCGGUGAUGUGGGUGCACAUGGUGAACGAGGCCAACCGGCAUAUACUCGAAUUCAUCUUACGACAGCAAUUACCACUUCUGCUAGAUUAUUCGCUCUUAGAUUUUUACGUCUUGGAGAAACAGAAAUUAUGUUCAUAUUGAAAGAGGAAAUAUCAUAUCCAGGACAGUAUCACUGUGAUGUAGGGGAGAUAUAUGAUGCUGUCAAAUUAAAAGUUAUCGUUGCUAAGAGGGCGGAAACGGCGGAACAUUUUAAGCGAUUGGUAUUGAAUCCACGUAAACCAUUUAAUCUUUUAACGCAUACUGCUAAUAUGCAUUAUUUGAUAAUGGAGAAUGAAACAGAAAAUGGAAAGAAAAAUGUCAUUGAUUAUAAUGAAUAUCGAUCAGAACAGAAACCUCAGAAAUUAUUUACUAAUAUCAGCAUCAAUUUACCCGACACUGAAUCAAUCUAUAGCAUUACUGUUGACUUUUCUCAAUUCCUAUCAGAUGGACUAAUAACGGAACCGAUGAUACAAAAUGAAAUGAGUUCACGGUCGAAUUAUCGUUGGAAAAGAAGUGUUUUGGGUUACGAAUCAUUCCUUACUGAUAUUAUUAGCUCAUUUGCUCCAACAUUAUAUCAAUUCAAAUCAUUAAAUCCUCUUGACAAAAUCACUUAUCGAGAAUUUGAAUCUUUAGACGAUACUAUUGGGUCAUGUAGCUUGACGGCGCUAUCCACAUCAUUGCUUUGUGAAGCCGCUGUUGAUGAGCGAAUUAUCUGUCCAUUGCUCAGUUAUCUCUUGAAUGAAAUUGCCACAGAUAUGGAUGUUCAACCUACGGUGGACCAUUUUCUGGAUCAUAUGGAUUUUACAUCGGUGGAAGAUAGGUAUUGGUUUGUUAAAGCAAUGAUAAAUCAAUUGGCUUCCGAUUGUGUUGCAUAUCAGUGUGCGCGUAAUGAUCGGGUUUGGAUUAGUUUGCGGAAGAGUUUCUUCAAUCUGCCAGAUAAUGCCGCAUUGGAUACACGUACUGUCGCUGCAUUAGCAUUCAUGGCACCACGAUCUGUGAGCAAUAUCAUGCGAAUUAAACUCUAUUCUGCUGCCAAAGAUGGCAUGCUUCCGUACUGGAAAAGUGGAAGAAUAUCAAGCAGUGGCUCAGUGCUGGCAAAACUUCGAUCGAAGUUCAAUGAUGAUAUGAAAUAUUCAAUUUUCAUGAGUGAUGAUUUACUAAUCAAUUCGUUGGGUUUAUUGGCAUUUGUGAGUCGUAGAGUGGACCCAAUGUUUCCAUUAAUUGAACUCGAUUUGUUAGCUGACUGGAUCUACGAACAACUAAACGAGAACGGACAAACUCCUUCUGCAUUGGAUGCAUACUUUGCAAAUCGUGCAAUUUACGAAUAUCGAAUACAUAAAACGAAUGGAAGUGAUAAUAAUGAUGAUCGAGUAACGGUUAUUUGUGAACAGUGCAAAAUGAUUGUGCACAAUGUAACGAAUACACCGACUCUUUUUUAUUUGCCAGUAGCAGUGCGUAAUAUAACAUUGGUAACGGAAGGAGAUGCAAAAGUUCGGACAAGAAUCCGUGUUACAACUACAAAAAGAAUGCGAUUGCGUCGUGGUUUAGAGCAGAAUGAUUUGUAUCCCACCAAAAUCACCGUGGUACAACAGGUAGUUAGUCUGGGAAUCAUUCGACAACAAGUUUGUGUAAAGAUUCUAACAUCAUUGAUUGAAGCAUUGGAAGUAACUCACGGUCUUUUUACCGGUUUCACUUCUGAUAAUAGUUUGUUCCGGAUUCUUCAGAAUACAACAGUACACGGAGUACGUCUCUUGGAUAAUAUUACAAUUAGCAAUUACGCCGUACACUUUGUUCUCAUGAAUCUGAAACCGAAAAUUCCGCUUUGUUAUGAAUUAAAGAUAAUGGAACCAAGAAACACAUAUGAGCCAAAUCAAUUGGCCCCUGUUGCAGUUACCGUUCGGCAUCCUCUUUAUGACAUAGCCGGUCAAGAAUUAAUUAUUUAUACGGAAAGAUUCAAACGGUCACUGCUAGAGGAAACCAUCGAUAUGGUAUGUUGGGAUGGGAGCUGUUCAUGUGCCGAGGCGGGCUGUACAGUUCGAUGCUCACAAUGUCGAAGUAUUACAAAAAAGCAUUUGCAACAUGAAUUAUGCUCAGAAAACAUGUUUGGAGCAACAGUAGAAGUAGAAAGCUAUCGAACUGAAAACCUGAGUGAUUCGGGGUAUUUCAUCAUCGAGGUGUCGCUAAAGCAUUGGAAGCAAAAUAUGAAGACAACAUUGCAUAAACCUGAUCGAAUUGAGGUAUGGUUGAGAACAUGUAAUAUUCGCUGUGCGGAACCUAAAAUUGGAGAAGUGUACUAUUUUAGUGGCAACAUUAAUGGAAUUGUGGUGGACUUUAAUACUAGGAUGCAUUACGUACUGAGGGAAGACGAUCGAUGGGAAUUGGCCAGCGAGGAAUGUGGACAUUUGUUUAGCUAUCUAAUUACUAGUGGACCAUGUUUUCCUUGA